GUGGCCUUCCACCCCUACCCUCUUCUCAACUCCCAAGCAGAGAUAAGAGAAGAGAUCGAUCCAUCUCUAUAUAUAUAUGUGAUUCCGUACCUCUCUUGGAAAGCAGAGACGGAAGUGGACAGGAAAGAAGAAAAUGGGAGGAUCAGUAAUGGGGAUGGUGAUGAUACUAGCACUAGCAGCAUCAAUUUUGAUGGGUUGCACGGAUGUAGCAUUAGGCUUGAAUGAAGCUGAAAAGAUCCAUGUAGGUGGGAGAGUACUGUGCCAGGACUGUACUCAGGAAUGGAAUAAGUGGGCUUACGGUGGCAAGCCUAUUAAAGGUUGCAAGGUGUCGGCCAUAUGCAUGGACGAAAGGAGAAGAAUUGUACAUUAUGCAAGUGAUACGACGGACGAAUUGGGUGAAUUCCAGUUGAUUAUAGACAAGCUCGUCAAUGGGAAGCAAAUUAAAACGGAGCUAUGCUCUGUGAGGUUGGUCUCGUCCCCAGACCCAACUUGCAACGUUUUCACUAAUUUUGGGAAUGGAGUCUCCGGGGUUAAGCUCUUUCGUCAAUUGGCAACGGCGUUUAACGACAACUUUAUCAAAUAUUCGCUCAACCCUUUCUAUUUUACCACGCCUAUGUGUGAUCAGCCUGAUACUACUUCUUCUUCUACCACCACACCAUCCAACUCCAACCAAUACGUUGGAAACAACAACAAUAACUACUGAUCUGAUCAUUCAUCCAUUUGUAAUUUUUUUUUUUUUUUUUUUUUUAAUGAUGAAGCGUUCACUUUCCCUAAAUGUAA